ACAACGAACCGGUUCCACCGGGAUGAGGGAAACACAAUAGGAGGGCAGAGAAACUGCCAGCCACAUUUAUUACCGGAACUCUGCCCUAAAAUCGCCAGGCCUUGUACCUGUGAUGACUUUGGAAAAGUGAAGCAAUCGGUAACGAAUUAAAGAAGGGACUGAAAACAACAAUGAAGAAACUCGGCGCCUAUGUUGUUUUCUCCCUCACUCAAACAGCAUGCCUUGCAUUGUUGGUGACGGUGCAGGAAACCCAACGUGUCACAAUGCUUUUCUCAUCCAUUGCUCUAAGGUGUGAUUAUUCAACGUCCUCUCAGUCUCAGGAUGUCGUUGUCACCUGGCGUUUCAAGUCAUUUUGCAAAGACCCCAUAAUGGAGUACUAUUCGUCAUCAUACAUUGCUAUGUUGAGUAUGGGCCAAGAUCCUACCAAUGAUUGCCAUGACGACCAACGCACUGUGCGAAUCGUUAUUCAGAAACGGGGACAGAAUGAGCCAAUUCUGGGGCAUGAAUAUAGACAACGGAAGAUUACUAUUCAGAACAGGGCUGACCUGUGGAUUAGUGAAGUGAUGUGGUGGGACCAUGGUGUUUACUUCUGUACAGUUGAGGCACCAGGAGAUACAACAGGAGAUUCAGACAAAGAAGUUCGCCUUAUUGUUUUACAUUGGCUCACAGUGAUAUUGAUUAUCAUGGGCAUUUUGCUGUUGUUCAUACUGAUUAGUAUCUGUUGGUGCCAGUGUUGCCCACAAAGGUGCUGCUGUUAUCUCCGAUGUGUCUGCUGCCCAAAACGUUGUUGUUGCCCAGAGGAAGCUCUUCUAAGACAUGAAUUUGUUAAACAGGCAAAGCAGGGUAUGUUACCAUGGAUGUUUAACAGGCCCAUGUAUGGAGAGGAUGGAAGGAAUUCUCAGCUAAACUCAAUCUACAUGAAUGGACUGACACAAAGAGAUUUUUCCACGAAGAACAGUAUACCAUUGUCUGUGGUCCCUUACAGUGGUCACCCAAAUUCUUCUGUUAAGAUGCUGGACUAUAUAGAGAAUGAGGUGAAAAACUUGAACACUGUCCAGCCUCUCCAAAAUGGAAUCCGUACAAGUGGUAGUGCACCUCCCAGUGUGCUUUCAUCACUAAAUGAAAUUGGAGUUCGAGAAAUAGAUCGUCGUGUCAUCCACCUACCUCCAAUAAUGGAGGCAAUCCAUGACUCGAGUUUUCCAUCAUCACAACGAACUAGCAACUCAUCGCAGAGGAAUAAUCAACGAAGGGCUAGAAGUCAUGAGGAUAUUUUGGAUAUGGGGCUUCCCAGAAGUCAAAGGUCUCAGGAAGGAUCGAGGUCCAGUAGGAGCUCUCAAGACCGAAGAACUAAUCGAUCUCGAGGGAAUGGCAGAGAUGACUUUGAAGAUGGCUGGCAGAGAGGUCAGUUGCUCCCAAGAAGACAGAAUUUUGAAGAUUAUAAUGAUAAUUCUGAUUAUGAGGACAGGUCAAGACACAGCAGCUCAAACCAGAGGCAUGGCAGAAGAGGUUACGAGGAGAACAGACGACCACAUCACCGAAGCAAUCAAGAUUAUUCACCUGAAAGAAGAAAUAGGCGCAGAGACCGAAGCUAUUCUCCUCCAUCUCGUGGAAGACGACAAGGAUCAUGGAGUUCCCUGGAUGAUUAUGAUAAUCGCUCUCGAUAUAACAGGGUGCGAUCGGAUGAUCGAAUGGCAGACUGGUUGGAUACCUUGAAGAAGCCAUUUAAGUAUCAUGAGAAGCCCCCAAGCUACCAUUCUGUAGAUGGUGGUUCAGAGGAAAGCAGUGCAAGAAGAUCCAAUCAUGGACGACAAUCGGAUCGGGGCAGUUCUCGUAGCGGCAGAAGUGUAGUGAUCUGAAGAAAUCUCCAGUCAUUGUAUUCCAUAUCUGCAGGGUGGGUUGUAACAUAGAUGGCGACAUUCUUUUUUAAGCAGAACUUUUCAUCAUGUACAUUUGAGGAUGGAACCGAAGGCCAAUUUAUAUAUGGUUUUAAGACAUGUUUGUGUGAUUUUGCAACAGAAGCUAAUUACAUGGGACGAACAAAACUUGUCAUCUGUGCUGAUUUUUAGAAUGGGCAAAUUAUGGUGAUAAAAUUUCAUGGUCAAGUGCUAGUUUAAAAUUGUCUCAAUGUUUUUAAAAACAAAGCACUUCAUGUGAAAUUCCUGCUUACCUCCAACUAUAUCUUUAGAUGUUUGUAAACGUGAAGAAUAAAUGUUCUCUAUUUUUGAGGAAAUAUACUGGCACACCACUACGUUGUGAUCCAUGGACACCUAUCAUGAGACCAGGUAAUGCCAUUAAAAGCACAAAAGUGGUAGAAAGAAUUAUGAAGAUUUGCAGAUAAGUUGAACAAAAUAGCUCCUUAAACCAAUUGGAUCUGAUUGUCAAUGAAAUCCUAUUCAAUUACCAAUAUUUUCUCUGGUGUCAAAAUGUGAAUAUACAUGUAUGAUCAGGCAAUUCAAAUUCACAGAUGGUGAGUUCUAACUUUUACAGCUAACACAAAAUUGUUUAGAGUGUACAGUCAACAAAAUCAAUACAUUUUUACACUAUAUGGCCAUUUAUUGAAAAGAUCCAUCAUUUCAACUGUGUACAUUUACUCCUUGCCUCUUCCUUUGCUGAUGUAGGAUAUUUUGAAGUUGCAGCAAUUGAUUUCUGGUUUGUUUCCAACCAGCUCUGUGAUUCCUCAAUGUCAUGGAUUUCUGUAUGUGAUGGGGCCAGAGGUUUGGUCUUGGUAUCAUCACAAUCAGCUUCAGCUUACUCAAUGUCUUGAACAUUUGGAUCUGUUAUACUGGCCAAUCGUCUGAGUGACAGUACAAGUACACAUGGCUGUAUCCUAAAUAUGACUAAUACUUAUUCAUAUAGAGGAAAACCUGAGUUCAAUUACAAUGGUAACACUUCCCUGGCUGAACUAUUAAAUUUGUCACUGGGCUGUCAUUGUACUGGUUGAUUCUCAAUGUGACUGGAAAUGAAAAAGUUUGGCACCGUUUUAUUCUAUUCAAUUGCUUGUUGGUAGAGAUAAAUUUACAUGAAAACUUUGGGAUACAAGAAGCCACUGUAAUAAUAUUCUGCCUAAAACAGACUGUUGUAAAAGACCCCCAGUGUAUUAUACUAACUGAGGCUAUCUGUGGACAUUUCAGUAACCCUGUAUUUUAGAAUGUAAAUCUAACAAAAAAAAACUUGUCUAUUUUACAAAGAUGUGUUAUUUUAGAAAGCAGCAAAAAGAAAACUUGUCAAAAGAAUUACAAGUGUUUUUGCUCCUAGAAAAUUUUGAAGUUUGAGAUUUGGAGAGCUAAUAAGUUGGAAUUGUUUCCUAAUUUUGAGUAUAU